AUGAAGAACUUAGUUCAUGGAAUUAAGGAAAAGAUACCUAUGGGUUUCUGUGAUGUCCCACGACAAACCUUGUUGGACUUUUUUCGUGAUAUGAAAAGCAUUUCUGUCCCAAAGGAACCCAGAUACAAACCUCUCAAAAAGAUCCACCAGGCUGCAAGUGAAGGUGCUAUCAAGAAACUGCAGAGAAUGAUAAAACUUGGGAAACAUAGCAUGCAUGACAGAGACUUUAAGGAAAGGACUGCUCUGCAUUUUGCUUGUGUCUAUGACUGGGAAGAAGUAGUAAAUGUUCUACUGAGAAAUAAUUGUGACAAUGAUGCUUUUGACAGGAAUUCCAUCACACCUCUGAUGAAGGCUGUACAAAACUGGUCAUAUGGAUGCAUGUGUACAUUGUUGAAGCACGGUGCUAAUCCAAAUUGUAUCGACAAAAAUGGCAAUACUUCUCUUCACUAUGCUGUGUCUGAAGAUAAUCAGAAGCUGGCUGAAUAUUUGCUUAAAUACAAUGCAGACAUGGAACAAAAGAACAAGGAUGGCUUUACACCACUUUUACUGGCUCUCAAGGAAAACAAAAUAGAGAUGGCAAAAUUUUUAGUAAAGAAGGGGGCAAACAUACACGUAUUUGAUAAGAUGAAAAGAAACACACUCUUAUAUGCCAUAAGAUGGGAUUCAACAGAUAUGGUCAGUCUACUUCUGGAUGAAGGCAUUGACUUUUUCUUUAAAGAUGUAUUCGGAUGGACUGCCUUACGUUAUGCUAUUGAAGGCACAAGUAAAGGUAGUCGAAAGAUUCUUAUGGACUAUGAAGUAAAGUUACAUAUUAAAAAUAAAGAUGGCAGUCCAGAAUACAAGAAUUCUGAAGAUAAUUCAUUAGCCAAGCACCACAACGAUCCUAAUUCUGGAUCCACCUUGCCUAAGUCAAGUGAGGAUGAUGGUGAUUUUGAUGACAAGCCAAGUUCUUCUCAGCAUGCUCCUGCUAAAUGUCCUAGUAACUUAGGUGGGGCUGGAGAUCAAAGAGACAAAAACGAAGCAAAAGGAACAGUGACAGAAUCUGUAAAGAAAUAUCCAAACUUGAAGACACCUAAUGAAAUGAAUGACCUCACUCCUAAUAAAUGCUUAGAAGUGAAAGAUGAAGGAACAUUAAACUCAAGUAAAUCUUCAACACCAAUUAUUCUGGAAAGAAGGUCUUGA